GGUUUCAUCUGUUUAUUAACUCCUGGCUUAGUUUGAGGAAAAAAUAUUUAUUAUUUACUUUUUAACAAUUCUUUAAAAAUAAUAAAUAAAAAUAACUGUUUCCGGAUGUGAAAGGGGAUAAUAGACACUUUUGGGUUAUUCAUGUGUCGCCUACAAAAAAAUAAACCAAUGGGUUAAACUUAAAGUAUAAGGGAAACAACUUAUGGCUUAGUGUUUUUGUACUUGAUAUUGUUAACGAUGCUUCCCGGUAUUGGAGUAUUUGGUACGGGGAACAUAGUCAAAGUGGUGGUCCCUUUUUUAAAAGCAAAAGGCUUUAAGAUAGAAGCAAUUUGGGGAAGGACUCUUGCUGAAGCCGAACAGGUGUCCAAGGAGCUCAGCAUACCUUUCUUUACGAAUAAAAUCGACGAUGUCCUUCUUAGGAAAGACGUCGAUCUUAUUUUCAUCGUCUGCUCUCCGAAUCUCCAUUCUCAGAUUGCCGUUAAAGCUUUGGGUAUCGGGAAACACGUCUUGUGCGACAAACCGUCCGGCCUUUGUCAGAGCGAGGCUCUCAAGAUGGUCAGGGCUGCGCAGUACUACCCGAGUCUCAUUUCCAUUGUGAACCAUUCCCUGAGAUUUCUGCCCGCCUUUUCGCAGAUGCGGAAAGCAAUUUUGGACGGGUACCUGGGAAAAGACAACGAAAUAACAGUCGUCGAUGUACGUGUUCAAACUGGAAGCUUACUCAAUGACAUAUACGACUGGCUAUGUGACGAAUCCAUGGGUGGAGGAAUUUUGACACUGGUGGGAAGUCAUAUGAUUGAUUUAGUGUCGUUUCUGACUCAUCAAAAAGCUACUCAAGUUCACGGAUUGAUCAGGACAUUUACAAAAAAUACCAGCACCGUCAAGGGCAUCAGGAACAUCACAAGUUCUGAUUUUGCCUCGUUCCAGAUGCAGAUGUCGAAGGGUACCCUGGUGACAGUGACAUUAAACUCGCAUGUUCCUACUACAUUCAGUCAAGAGGUUUUAGUAUGCGGUAAAUCGGGCUACCUUGUCGUAAGGGGUGGCGAUUUGUACGGUUGCAAAGAAAACGGAGACAAAGAGGACGUUAUUUAUCUCGACGUCGAGAACUUAAAGAGUCACGAAUCAACCCAAGGUGUCGCAAAGCCUUACGUCAAAGGUCUGUUUAAAAUGGUCGGCGCUUUGAGAGAAGCGUUCCUCCCGCUGGAAGAUAAACGUGGCUGGGUCAAAGCUCCUGUAGCCCUGGCGGCGACUUUCGAGGACAGCCUUUACGUCCAAGCGGUCAUCGACGCUCUUCGGAAAUCUAGUGUGAAUCGAGAAUGGACAAGAGUUAGGGUCAUUACUGAAGAACCGGAUCCAAACCCAAUUUUAAGCGCUGCUGUGAGAAGAAGUGGAAUAUCACUGUGAUAAUUGCUUUUAUGCACGUGGAAUGUAAAAUAAUAUUAUAAUGCUAAUUUAUAAAAACAAUAAAAUAAUUUUUCUUUACUUGUACUA